GCAGCGCGCAGUCGUAAACCAAUGACGCUGUCGUGUCGUGUUGUUAUCUCGAUGCUGAACUUUAAACUUCAUCAAUGCCGAAAUCCUGUUUUCUUACUGUCAAGAAACUGUAUAAUGUUAUAGCUAAACCGCCAACGUGAUCAGAGAAGACUGUCUCAAGUUUGCUGUGUCACAGCCGUCUGUGGAAUCUGAUGAUGGGUUUCUGGCAGCCAGUGACUAACCUUAGAGACUAUGUGUCCCAAAAUCCUCCAGGAGCAACUUUUUUCCUGUGUUUGUUGACUCUGGCUCUCUCGUUCAUCUGCCUCAGCUCUUACAGCUCCACUCACACUCUGCCUAACCCUGACAUAGCAAAGGACUGGAACCAUCUACUGUCUGCCUUAUCACAAUUCCAGCUGUGUGUGAAAGAAAAUGCAAGUUCAUCUGACCUUCUGUCCUCAACUUCCUCUGCUCUGAUGGAGCAGGAACAGGAUAGAAGGACUACCACUAACUCAAUUAAGAGCCUUUCUUCCGUCACCCGUUUGCAUCUCAAGGUUCCUCUGGUUGUGACUUCCAGUUCACCAGGCGGCUCGCUGAAAGAUCUCAGUCUACACACUACCUUGAACGCCAGUCAGCUACAACUUGAAGGCACAGAAAGUGUUAAUUUGACACUAGAGCGUCUGUCUGGAAACACUACAUACACCUGCCUCACUAUAAGUGCCCCAGCAAACCUCCUGCCCAUGAGUCUGCUGCCUCCGAUGUGCCCUGCAUCAGAGAAAAAUAUAUCACCCAUCCACGUGGACGCAAGUAACGAGAUGCCAACAGCAUCGCAAACCUGCUACAGUCUGCACUCUAAAAAUGACCCCACAUUUACAGUCAUGUUAACAUCGGAGGAGCAAAGUGUGGCAGUGCGACAUCUUUUGGAAGUCAGUGGGUGUCUACUCACAGUUUGUUUGAUGCUCUGUUUAGCUGCUGGUCUGACACAUUCACUCACACGCCGCAACAAUUGGAAUGGACUGGACCUACAAAAUGAGCCCUUGAUUGACGCCUGAAUAUUUUCCAUUCUCUGUAUCCUGAAGAAAUCAAUUGGAGGACGAAAGAGAGUCAUAUGUAAUCACCAGUGUUACAAAUGAAACCAGUUUACAUUUUGUGGGUAUAAAAAUCACUUUGAAAACAGUCAUAUAAUGUCUCCUGUUGCUGUAGAAGAAGCUCUCAAUUCUGAGAAAUGAAUUCUGGUGAUGUCAUCAGGGUUAAAUGAUGUAACGGCAAUAACGCUUCAGGUAAUUCCUAUGCAGGUAUCUGUUGUGUGCAGUGCAUUCCAGGAAUUACUUGCUUUCUUCUGUUGCACUGCCUUGUCUACUUGACUUCCCAUAUUUCCCAAAAUGUUCUCAAUAAUUUGUAGAAAAUGGAUAUUAAUCUUUUUUCAUUCAGCCUAGUCAGAGUUUAAUAUAAUAAGAUGAAGUGUUAUUCCUGUCAAAUAUUUAAAUGUAAUAUUUUUUUAGCAGUGAAUGUGUGAUUGUCCUCAGAUGUUUUUAUUCAUGAAUUUGUGAGACCAAAGGUCGUUGGAAGUGCCAGACAAGUUUGAUAGUCUGUUUUACUACUUCAGUUUACUUAUAUGACUUUGAAAGCUCACUGAAGCCAGAUAUGGCAUCUACAGAUUCAUAGUUUAAGUAUUUUUAUGCCCACAUACAGUGACCUACCUAAAUCAUUACUUGCAUAGCAGCAGAGAAUUUAAACAGCGAGUGUUGAAGAAAAACUGAAAUGUCUCUUGCAUGAAACUGAAGAAACAAGCUGUCAUGUCUCUCAAAACUUUUGUCAUACUUGCCAUUUCUAAUGUUUGUUUCAUAACAAAGACCUAACAGGACAUUAAGCAGAGUCAAGUCUGUGCAUGGAAAUUAUCAUCAAUUUUAUGCAGCUCAGAAACAGAUAACUGUUCUUCCUUGUUUUAGCAAGAAUAAAACAUUCCUAAUGAAAACACAAAA